GGCGAACCAGUUUCAAUACGGCCGGUCCACGGUCCGGUGCAGUUGGCGCGCGCGCAGUUUCGGUGCGAGUGCAAUAUUAUUAUAUUAUAUUAUCUACGUGUGCGUACAGUUUUCGCGGUGCUUCGCCGUUUUUACAUAAUAUUUUCUCGGUUUUUUUUUCAUUUCUUCAAUUGUUCGUGUGCCAAUUCGAAGAACAUGACUACACCACUCGGCGUGACUUCGCGUUCGAUUUUUAAAUGUUUCUAAGAGAACAUGAUCCCGAGCUAAACUCCGCAAACAUGCUGGACGUGUACAGAUCGGACUCGCAAAAGUCCGACUCGUCGCAGAGGCCAAGAGUGUCGUUCAAUCGGGACGUGCGAAUCAAGAAAAUCGGCAACUCGGAUGCAGCAAGUAUUGUGGAAGCUUUAGCUGGAGAUGGUGAAGGCCACUUGGUGCCCACGCCAGUUCGCAGGGAAAAGAUCAAAGCAUCCAAGCGUGAACUUGCGUUGGAAGCUGACCGCGUACUUAAGCAGGCAGAUAGCGUGGCCUCGCUGCACUCGGAUGUACCGCCGAGAAGACAGCAGAGGAGCAAACCAGAUGGAGGGUCCCUUCAACGAAAAACCAGCUUUGGAGGGACAGAUUCGAAAAAAUGGAAUUCUGAAGGUAAACUAUCGUCGUACAUGUCGUUGGACAGGCCAAAGAACCGGAUCAGGAAGAGGGAGCAGCCGACGUGGGAAGAACAGCGGCACGGCGGUCAACAAUAUCGGUCGUCGACGGACCUGACGAGCGCGGCGGCACCGCCGAAAAGACGAUCGACCGCGUCGUCUUCGGGUGGCGGCAAGUUGACCAGGAGCGUUAGCGACGCGGGUGACCGGGACAAGCCCCUGGCGUCCGGCGACGGCGGCGACGCGAAACGUUCGAUAUCGCUGUUCGGCACCAUCCAGCGGAUCAAGACGAAGAUCAAAAAGCGUCCGACGGCGAUGGCCGUGGACCGGUCCGCGGAACCGUCGGUAGCGCCGGGCCCGUCGCCACCCCCGGCGCCGGUCCGGGCGAAAAAACAGCUGUCGCCCAUCAUCGAAUCGUCGCCGCGAGACGAGUACUUCAAGUAUUCGGUCGGCGGCCCGCUGGACUACGGCGGCGCGUCCCCGCCGCGCCCGGUCCGCGGCCACAAGGUCGACCGGAUCGUCCGGAAACUGCAGCAGCAGCAGCAGCAACAGCAGCACCAACAUCAACAACAACAACAACAGGCGGCGGCAGCCGAACUCGCCCGUCAACCGCCGUCACCGCCGCCGCCGCCGCCGCCGCAGUCGUCAUCGCCAGACUUUGCCCACGCGCACAACGGCAACGAACCGUUUUCGUACACGGCCACGUCGUCGCCCACCAUCGUCCACCUACCGGACGCGGCGGCAGCUGACCGACCGCCACCACCGCAACGACAACGACAACAGUAUCGCUCGGCCGGCGGCAUGGACGACACGUGGACGUCGUACGACGAUCUCAGCCACAGGCGGGACGCGCUCGAGUCGAGGCUGCAGAAACGCGCGGCCGCCGUGGUGGUCAGACCGCAACGGACGGGGGCGGGGGCGGCGGCGCGCGCGCGAACUCCGACCGAGUCGUCGGCGCCGGACACGUACGCCACUGUGUACAAGAAGAACGAGACGCUCGGCGGCGGUGACAGAUACUUCGAGCGGAAGAUCGUCACUGAGCACCGGUUCGCCCGCAGGACGCCCAGGCUGUCCGGCGACGGUGCGGGCGACGACCACGAAGACAGUGCCGUCGACGCCGACCACCGCGACCGCCGCGAUUACCGCGACGUCGCCGACCACGGCGACCGUCAUCACCGCGACGCCGCCGUCCACCACGACGACCACCACCAUCACCGCGACGCGACCGCCCGGCCGGUGGACGCCGGCCGCGGGCGUCCGCCGUCGUCCCGGGCCUCGUCCGGCAUGCCGACCAUCGUUUCCCGGAACAACGUGACCGUCGUCAACGGGCCGUCGCGCUCCGCUUCCGUGCACGUCGCCGAUAAACCGGCCAAAAAACGUUCCAGGCUGGACAAGUUCAAGAUGCUGUUCACCGGUGGCUCGUCCGCGUCCAAGGAGAACAAGCGGCCGUCGUCUUCCGCCAGAGCUCAGUACAACUCGUCCGAUCCCGAGUCUUACACGUCGUCUUUGCGAAAACGGUACAACGUGUUCACGGGCACCGACAACAACAAACAGGGAAAUCAUGUGUCUGGAAACAGGAGAACGUCGUCUCCAAGCAAAACCUCGAAACCGACAGGAAACAAUGCGUGGUUCAAGUCGUUGGAUAGAUUCGGCAAGAAAAACAAGAGAUCGAAGACGUUCACUUCGGGGAGCGAAAACGACGACGAAAUCCGAGUGCAUAGAGUGAACGAUCGGAAUAACUCGAAGGGGACGACCCGGUCGUACCACAGUGUGGGAAAUCUCAACUCUCUAGAUAUGGACCAUUCGCCCAGGCUGAUUGCUGACAAGAGACAUUCGCUGAUUGACAGUUCGGCAGGCAGCACCACCGAGGGCGAUAGUAGUCAGAAAUCACACAAGUCCACAGUCUAUCUUCACGCCACCACGGUAGGAGAAAUACCGGAAUCGCGACAGCUGCACCAGUCCGUGUUCGGAGCCAAGAGCAGGCGGGCGGCAAGCCGCGAAGAGCUGUCGUCGCGCAACGACGCGUUCGGCGGUGGCGGCGCUCAGAAGCGCACGCUGUCCCGGUCAGUGUCGGUGCUAGCGCCGUGGGCCCCGCGGCACGGCGAGGGCCGGACCGUAGACUACGACGAGCGCGGCCGGCCCCCCAGGGCGCCGUCGUCGACCAGACACGGUCCAGUCAAAGCGACCAAGAGCGACCCGGAAGAAUCAGCGGUUGCGGGCGCGGGCAGGUCCACGUCGGCGGCGCGGACUAAGAACCGAGCGCCGAACCGGGCCAGUUCGGGCGAGGAGUCGUCGCUGCUCGAUGAGGUGAUCAUCCGGACCACCAGCCGUACCGGCAAGCUCAUCAAGGAUGACCGUUCCACGUCCCGGCAGAUCGGCCGGUCCAUGUCGUCGGCGAACAGGUCAGCAGCAGGUGGCACGUUGACGCGGGUCAAGACGAAAUCGUAAUGAACAAUAAUCGGAGUUCGACGAUUACGACAACAACAAAAAUAAUAAUUAAUAACAAUACAAAUAAUAAUAUUCAUAAUAAUAAUAAUAAUAAUAAUAGCAAUAAUAAAAUAAUAAUAAUAAUGAUAAUAAUAAAAUAAUAAUAUAAUGAUGAUUAUAUAAUAACGCAUACAAAUAAUAAGUAAUAGUAUAUACAAAUUUAUAUAUAUUAUUACAAAUAACUGUUUUGUCGCCGAUAAAAAACAAAGAAAAAAGGUCAUACCGAUAAUUAAUUACCUACCUAACAAGUUCGGCGACGGUGCACCACCGGCUGGUGAAAUUAAAAAUAUUUUUGAUUUUCCGGUGUCGCGAGUGGUAUGGGAGCACGACUAUUAUAUAGUUUUCAUUGGAUUAAUAUUACAAUAUUGUUAUGUUGUGAUUAUUUUGACUUUAACACGACUCUUAAAUAACUAUCAUUAGGUACCAGCUACACGCGUAUAAUAAUCGUAUUCUUUAUAAAUGUUAUAAUAUUAUAUCGAUGGUUACAUGGCAAAAAAGUCUAAUAUAGCAAAAAGUUUUUCAAGGAACCAAAACCACUAUUGAUAAGCAAUAACUUAUUUAAUUAGUAAGUGGGAUUAUUUUUCGUAAAAUAACUUGUAUAUAGAAUACAUUUUUGAUUAUGACGAAUGACGUGCAUUUGAAUACGCUUGUAUAAUAAAUUUGGUGCUUAAGUCUAAUAUUUUUCUAAUAUGCACUUAUCCCUUAUUAUAUCUUAAAAUUAUUACUGUUAUUACUUAUGACAUGUAUAUUAUAUAAUUAUACAUUAUUAAUUCAUCAAAAUACAGAAGUAUAUAUAAAUAAUUCUUUGAAAAAAAAAAAUAUUAUAUAAAUCAUUAUUGAAACAUGACAAAAAUAAAAUACAGUAAUAUUAUCAUUUUCGCGGUUUUUAUUUCCAAAACAUAAAAAGCAACAUACGUAUAGUUGUAAACUUUUUCUAAACCACUCAUAAACAUAUGUAUGUGACAAUUGCAUUUCAUCCCUGCCCUACAUUUGUUUCACUCCUUAAAUAAACUGUCACUUGUCAUACCAUCCUCCCUCAAAAAUCGUUUAUUACCAAUAUUUUUUUUAGACCAAUUUUUAAAACAAACAAGUUUUAAGUGCUCUUUAAACCGCAAACUUAAAAUUUUAAUUGUUUUCAAAAUAAUGAUGGCAGCUAUUCACAUACUUACCUACGUAUUGGAAAAAAUACAUUUUUUUCCGUCCAAUGAUAAAAUCUAUUUCACGUGCUCCCUAAGUAUUGCUUAGAGCUUAGACCAUUUUGCCGUGUACCAUCGAUAUUGCGUGUGAUCGAUCAUACAUAUUAGUAUCUCAAUAGUUAUAGGUACCGAGUAUUCUUUUUAGAUCAUUUGAUAUGCAUAAUAUUAUUAUAAUACUACUACGCGAGAUAUUAUAUCAACUCCCGAAUGACUUUACUGGCUAGCUAGCAUGAUACGCCGGGUGUACAUCGAGGAACUGACAUGAUAUUCAAAUGUAUUUUUUCUUUGUAAAAUUGUCAGAUCUCUGUGAUACACUCUGUAUACAUUAAUGUCGUAUGCUAUGUCAAUAUGACAUCAUUAUUCUUCCUAGUCAAAUAACCCUGUAAAAUUUAAUAAAAGAAUUUAUAUAAUAAUAAUGAAUUAUAUUUACUAUUUUUAUUUUUAUUUUUAUUAAUGUAAAUACUUUUAAUUAUCAUAUAGAUAUGUUGUACAUAUAAUAAUAAAUACCAAUAGUAUAACCAAA